UUUUGACUUUCUUCUCUGAGUUUAUUUGAAUUCCAUUUAAAUACUGUUUUUUAUUCAAAAUUCUUGUUCUAAGUUCUUUAUAAAUACAAUACAAUUUUCCUUAGAUUUUUAAUAAUAUUAAUAAUGAAGUACUCCAUAAAAUUUAAAAUCAAACCAUCUCUAAACUAAAAUAUAAAAUGGUGGAUGUAAUGGCGCCCAUUGUGCACGGCUCAAUGUCAUCGGAGGACAUUGAGGAAGAUUGCGCUUUCAAAGUUCUCAACCAGGACAACUUGCCAAUAAAUAUAAGAGAGGCGAUACUAAAACCCUUUGGAACGGAUAUUCACAAAAACAAACCUAACGUAAUAGUGCACCCCACUAGAAGAAUUGAUAGUAACUUGGAAGUCAAUAGACAUAAAGGUUUCGCGAAAUCAAAUGGUUUUAUAAACAAUCAGGAUAUAGUAAAUUUUGGGAAGUUCAGUUUUUCACAGGGUAGUCUAAACAAUAAUAAUACUAACAGUGCUUUAAAAAAUAAACUGGAUAAUUUGGAUGCAAAAUUUACGAAAACCUUGGACUACAAGCUACGAAAGCUGCAGAAAGACGAAAAGUCCCCCAAAAAAAGCAACAGUGACAUUUGCAAGAAACCUUUUGUGACUACAGUGAAAACAGGUCAAUUUUUGGAACCACCGCCGGAAAUAGCCAACUUGAUAGGCUUACGAAUUGAAGAGCAAGUUAGAAAAGAGGACACUAAAAAGUUGUACGCGUACUAUAGUAAGCCGCGCGUUUUGAACAGAAACUCGCAGAAAAUUGUGCACCAGUCGAGAUGUGAUGCAGCUGCGAAAGCGGCAGCAAAAGUAACAGGGGCUGUGAUAGGAGUGAAGAGGGUUGAAGACGAAAAUGACUUUAUAUUUGGUAAAGAUUUUAAAGAUGUGCCGCUUCCUUAUGCUAAUCUUAUGUUUGAAAAACGCGUGUUUCGCGGGAGUAAUUUUGCACCACAGAGCUGUGAACAUAUGCCAAAAUGGAAUCCACAUUUUGCAUAUGCUAAACUCCUAUCUAGAGACGAGGGUGACGGAGAGUCUGCCGCCGCCCGAGCGGCCGAAGCCCGCCGCCGGGCGAUGGCCCGGCGAAAAGCCAAGAACCAGCAGGUGCGGGCCGCCAUGCUGCGGGUGGGUUCGCCGCCACCCAUCCACGGAAGAAAACACGAGCGCGUGCAAACCGAACUGUAUCUGGAGGAGCUUUGGGUGAACCCCCCGGUGCUGGACAUGUGCACCCAGACCGACCUGUUCUUGGACAGGCCCAUAUCGCCUUUCUAUAUCCCCAUGAAGAGCGGGAUCGAUGUCGAGACCCAGAUUUACCCUGGAGAUCUCUUUGACUUCGAUAUGGAAGUCCAACCAAUUUUGGACGUUUUGGUGGGCAAAACAAUCGAGCAAUCAUUAAUCGAAGUUCUGGAAGAAGAAGAACUGGCCGCUUUGCGAGAACAACAAAGAAGAUUCUUGGAGCUACGAGCUGCUGAAACAGCUGAAGCUCAAAGAAUUGAAGAGAGAGAAAAGAGGUUGCUGAAAGAGAAGGAACGACGUCUAAAAGACCACGAAGAAGGUUUGAAGAUACAGAAAGAGAUGGAGGAAAGAAUAGCAGGCGCCGUUUUGAUGCAAGGCUACCUGGCCAACUUGCUGCCUUCAGUGUUGGAAGGCUUGGAGUCUGAAGGAUACCUCAUGGACUCCAUCAAACAAGAUGUGGAUGAUUCCUUCAUGCCUUGGUUGAUGAAGGAGGUCACGAAUGAACUGGAGGAAGUUGUCAGCAGCAGAGAUCUAUUAACAGAUAUUGUGAGGGAGAUUUUGGAGAACAGAGCAGAAAUUUACAAGGCUCUGUACGCCGAACAUCCUCAAGAAGAACCUGAAGAGGAGGGUCCAACCCAUGACGAUUUAGAUCUUUUAGAACAUACAAAAUUGAAGGAAAAUAUUGAGAAGGUUCUCAAACAAACAGAAAAACUACAAGAACCUGAGAAAAAAGUCGAAUAAGGUUUGAAAAACUACUUUAAUAAAGUAAUUCUCACACUAGGUUGAAAUAUUAAAAUUUUAAAAUGUCAAAGUUGGCCUCAGAAAUGCUCC